AUGUCGUUGUUCGUCAAGCCAUUGCUGGGUGAUUUCGCUGGGCGGUUCGAGGAGUGUUACCAGAUCACCUCCGCGCUGCAUCGGCGAGCGGAUGACUUGGGCGUCGCGGUGCAGCAACGGCCUCCCGAUGCCGAUGUUGGCCGCGCAGUGAUGGGCGAGCGCGCGCCUGACCGGCCGGCGCGCAACCAGAAGCGCUUUAACGACGAGCUAAUCGAGAGGGUUUCGGGGAUAGCGCAGCGCAUCAAGACCAUCGAGCAGCAGCAGCGCAGCACCGUAUUCCACCCGCCCGGUGAGGCACAUGACGGCACCAAGGAGACGCUGCAGGCGCUCGCGGUCGAGAUCGCGGACCUCCGCCGGCGCCCCGACCUGAUCUUCGAGUCUGCUCACGUCGCGUUGGUGGAUUGGGGCGGGAGGACUGGUGGGCGACUGUGUUGGCCGAGCUUAAGGCGGAGCUCGUGCCCGGUGCCGAGUGCUCCCAGGGCAACGCCGACGCGAGCCUCCUGA